CAGAAACUUGAGUUCAGUAGUCCGUUCAUCUCCCAUCUGCCCACACAGCAGUAGCCUCAGUGGACAGGACAGCGAUGGAAAUUCAGGUUAUACUGAGUGUAGCGCUGGCGCUUUUGUCAACACAGGCGGAUAAGUGUAUGGAGGACCAACAGUGCUCAAACUGCUCACGUUCAACACAACACUGCAGUACAGAUUGCUUUUCUGGGUAUUUCGGCAUUAAAUGCAAGUUACCUUGUAGCCAGCAAUGCAUAAACAGUAAAUGUAACUUGACACGAGGUGGGAUUGGUAUAUGCUUAGACGGUUGUGUACCUGGUUUCUAUGGUACUCGAUGCAAUAUCCAGUGCACACUUCCGAAGGGAAACUGUACAAAAUGUCCUGGAGGAUGUGAUGGAACGUUCUGCCAUCUUACAUCAUCUUGUGUUUCUGGAUGCCAUGACCAAUACUAUGGGUCCAGCUGCAAGAAUUGUUCACCCAGAUGUCAACACUGUAACAGGAAGACAGGCAGAUGUGACGUGUGUCAUGAUCCAUAUCAUGGCCUGGACUGUGAAUACUCAUGUGCACAUUGUUCAACAACUGAUUGUGUACAAACAUGCGCACCUGGGUUGUAUGGACGGACAUGCUCAAAAAGAUGCAACGCUGCCUGUUUGUCUUAUCCUACCGCUAUUGCCAAUGAUACUCUGACAAGUAACAGUUUCCCCUCCUGCAUAUCUGAAUGUCAAAGAUAUAGUGGCGAGUGUAUCAAUGGUUGUGCAGAUGACUGGUCUGGUCCACACUGUUCCUCGCCAAUUAAAUGUAACCCAAACUGUUUGGGUUGCAAUGAGACGGGUGCCUGUAUUGACGGAUGUCCCUCUGGCUACUUUGGAGAUGACUGUAGGCCUUGUCCGAAGUCCUGUUUCAAUCACACAUGUUACCCAAACAACGGGUUGUGUGACAACGGGUGUAUCCAAGGACAAUAUGGACAAUCCUGUCAACUAUCCUGCAUCCACUGCCCGGGAGGUGCUUGUCAUCCUGGUACUGGGAUAUGCGUUGCCAUUCAGGGUGCCAUGAAUUAUGCAACCAUUGGAACAACCACUGCACUGAUUUUAGUCGUUGGAAUCAUUGCACUCGGGUGCAUUUUUUACUUCAAGAGAGUCGCUUCAAAGAGGGAUCGGCAAGCAGAUGAGUCCAUAUUGACACAGAGAUCAAGACAACUGGAAACAGGAGAUAACUACACAAUGCAUCAAUACGUGGAUAUAGACGAUUACGAUGAAGUAUCUCAGAGGCAAUGGCAGAAACAAGGACGGGAAGAGGAAGGAGCUUACGAUGAAGUAUUUCAGCUGCAUGGACAGCAACAAGGACCGACAGAGGAAGAAGACUACGAUGAAGUAUCUCAAACCCAUGAUCAGCAACAAGGACCGGCAGAGGAAGGAGACAACAGUGACCCUGCACUUCCUGCUUUGGCUGACAACUUUCCUGAGCCACAUGACAGUGAAUAUGAUGAUGGUAUUCCUGUACUACCUGUGUUGGCUGAUUACUUUCCCGGGGCACAGGAUGCAGAAGACAGCAAUGGUGGUGACACAUUACCUGAGUCAGCGCGUGGUUCCCAGUCAUACAUUCCCUUAAUGAGGGAUGUGUUUGUUGAUGAUGCGAGAACUGUAGUCACGUAUAUAUCCCCAACUGAAGACAACACAUAGAGUAGCAAUGGAAAAUACUUUAUGCCUGAAAUACCGAUACAUUAAAAUACGCACCUCUGUAACCUUUGUUUUACACACUGUCAGAGUGUUUUCAACAUAUGUUGACUACAUGAACAGGUCACCUAGUCACAUGCUGUAUCUUCACAGAAGGCUGGUGGUGAUUCAUCACCAUCCUAAGACCAGUAGCAUCUGUAGUUAAUGUCAUUAUGACCAGAGUGUUGGUCUGUGGUGUUCGACAACUAACAAACUCUUAAACUUGUGCGCAUGAUAUAGGGUCACGACUACCUCGCCAUGUUUGUUUUAUACGUCUAUCAUCGACAUUCUAUAACACAGCGCAUCAUGGCUCUGAUAUCCACGAGCCUCUGUUGUCUGUCUGGUGACAGGAAUACUAUUCUUUGUAAUGCUUUCCACAGGCAUCAUGAAGAUGAAGCUUGGGAGUAAAACAAUCAGACAAGUAGUGGACAUCCCCGUUGGAACUGUUUGCUACCACUUGCUGAACUCUUGCGCUAUGAAUAUCAAUCAGAAUUUAUGUUCGGAAGGCAAAAUCUAAACACAAUAAUUUGGCCAAUAGGUUUAACUGAAUCCUGAGGGAUAUUAAUGAUCUAAGACAUGGUCGAAAUCAUAUCUGCUCUGGAUGGAUAUUUCACGCCAACGUGAAAGGGUUUUAUCCAUUUUGUGUAUUUGUCGGUGAUCAUCGUCUGUGCUGAUUUAGCUGUCUUGUUAACUAUAUAGCCACCCUAUGAAAAUAAAACUGCAAACUGUCGCCAAUGCC